CCUUAAUUGUUUGUAGCCAAAAUCUUAAUGCAUUUUUCUUUCUUUCUUUUAAUUACCUAAAACAAUCUUUUCAAAUAUGUACUGUGAAAGCUUUGAUAGAAAGCCUUACAUAGAUAUUACGACUCAAAGUACAGCUAAUUGAGUUAAAUAGAUAAUGACAGUGUUAGUAAGUUCAUAGCAUGAAUUCUCAAGUUAAUGCGAGACUCGGGCAGAGAACUGAUAUGCGAGGUAUGCAUCACCCAGCUGAGACUGGCCAGCAGUUUCAAGAAGCAGGUAUUGGAUGCUGAGAGGCAGUUUAAUCUCUACCUAAGUAAAACAGGUACAUUGAAAUAUUUAUAUGUGUACCUUUCUAUCAUAGACUCUCUCAAGUUUUAUUUAUUAAUGUCUUUCUUCAUUCACUUCUUAGUCUUGUUUUCAGAUGAAAUUAUAAAAAAUAAGCCAACAAUAAAAGAAAAAGAGAUAAAGAAAGAUGUGGAUUCCAACAAAACAGAAACCACAAAAUCUGAAAACUGCAAAACAAAAUCACCUAUACAAAAUACUGAACCAUAUUCCAAAAUGAAUGACAUAAGAAAAAGAGUUAAAAAGAAAAGUAGAGUAUUCAAGACAUUUGUGGAAAGUGAGAAUGGAGAAAUUACAGAUCCUGGAUACAACUCUGAUAUUCCUAUAUCUGAAUUAGUAAAAAUUACUCCACAAGAAAAAAUAGUUGAUGAUGUUGCAAGUUCUGAAAAGGCUGUAAAGAAUAACAAAAAUAAUGAUAACAUUGAUGUAUAUAAAUUGAAAAAUAAAAAGAUAUCAGAACGAAAACGCAUCAUUUUAACAUGUGGCAUUAUAUUAAAAGAUACAACUGCUUGCCCGUUCAGACAUCACAAGAGCUGGUUCCAAUGUUUCUUCUGUCUUCAAGACUUUAUGGAUAUAAAUACAUUAAAAAAGCACACAUUUGACAACCAUAAAGAUAUUGAUAUGGAAUUAAAAAAAAUAAAAUGCUUCCCAAGGUCACUACAAAUUGACAUAUCCAAACUCCAAUGCCGCCAUUGUUGUCUGACAUUGACAGAUGUCAAUUCUAUGCGACGCCAUCUUGUCGAAGUGCAUAAUAAAUUUAUUUAUACGGAAUACGUAGUUGACUACAAAGUAGAUUCAAGUCCGUACACAUGUCAUAUAUGUAAUCGUGAAUUUCACGUUUUCAGAACAUUAACAACACAUUUAAACGAACAUUAUCCAAAUUAUAUAUGCGAUGUUUGUGGUAAAACAUUUUUAAAUACAAAACGUCUUAAAGUACAUAAACGCAUACACGAAAAUGGUAUUUAUCCUUGCAAAGAAUGCGGUAAAGUUUUAAAAACUAAAAUAUCUAUAUUAAAUCAUAUGGAAAGUCAUUCUAAACGUAUAAUAAAAUGUCAAAUAUGUUACAAACCGAUGAAACAUUAUAAUGCAAGAAUAAAACAUAUGUCCGAAGAACACAAUAUAAUUAAUAACUUCAAAUGUCAUAUAUGUAAUCGGGAAUAUAAAAUAAAGCAUUAUUUAACUACACAUAUAAGACAGACACAUGGACAUAAAAAUAAAAAAUGUACGGAAUGUGAUAUGGCAUUUAUAACAAAUCACGGUUUGAAAAAACACAUGUUGAAACAUACGGGUGAGAAACCGUACAUUUGUACUGUUUGUUGCAAAUCUUAUGCAAGAAGUUAUACGCUGAAGGAACAUAUGCGAGCACAUAACUCUGAUAAACAGAUAUGUACGUAACAUGUUCAACAAAUACGAGG